AAAUCUAACUUCACACAUCCCGGAUUCGGAAAAUAUAACGUCGCAUCUCCCGGAAUCGGACAAUCCGGAUUCACGUCUUCCAGAAUCUGACAUUUCAAGUAGGCACCACGUUCCGGACAACCCAGACAUGGGGAUCUUAAAUUUUCACAGCAUGGACUUAGCAGAGUGGCCGGAGUCAGAGGAGAGCCAAUCUGUCAGAGCUGUGGCUCGAUGUGGCACGGAUGAUCCAUGCAACGCCGUGGUGGAGGCGAUCAAGCAGGUCUGCUGGUCAGCGUGUGGCCAAGACACCGACUCUGAGAGAAAGAGCAGCAGGAACUUGGCGUCUCCCGGUGACGUGGACUUCGCUGCUGUGUCAGACUCCUCAAAAUGCAACGAUCUGUCAAAUGAUGCCGAUUUCUCCAACGAGGUCGAGUCGUCACCCAAGGUCGUCGAACGGAAAAUCAUCGAGAUUCAACGUGUAGACGCCGAGACCAACAUCAACUUCAAGCCGGAGGUCGUGGAAGUCGCUCUCCAAACCACCGACGCGGUCGUGGAAAAUGGCGACGGCGUCAAAAAAGCCAUCUGGUGGGACAAGGUACAGCGGCUGAAGGACAGCUGUGCGUCUGUGCAGCC